CGUCGACGCCGGCGCCGCGCAGCCGGGCCCGCUCCUCCUCCGCUCCGCCAGUGUCCGGCCGCGGGCCGGCCUUAGUGACUGGGGCGGCGGGCCCCGGGGCCGCGGCGUGGGGCGGGCAGGUGGACGCCGGCCGCGGGCUGCCUUCGUCGGCUCCCAAGCUCGCCCGGAGCGAGCAGCAGCCCGCGAGCCUCCGCGGAGCCUCCUCGCCUGCUCCCGCCGGUGAGCAAGAUGAUGUGCGAGGUGAUGCCGACCAUCAGCGAAGCAGAAGGCCCCCCUGGAGGAGGUGGAAGCCAUGGUUCCGGCUCCCCUUCACAGCCAGAUGCAGAUUCACAUUUUGAACAGUUGAUGGUCUCCAUGUUGGAAGAAAGGGACCGCCUUCUUGACACACUGAGAGAGACUCAAGAAACACUGGCCUUAACCCAGGGGAAGUUACACGAGGUUGGUCAUGAAAGGGACUCCUUGCAGAGACAGCUCAACACGGCACUUCCACAGGAGUUUGCGGCACUUACUAAGGAACUCAAUGUAUGCAGGGAACAGCUUCUUGAAAGGGAAGAAGAAAUUGCUGAACUGAAAGCAGAAAGGAAUAACACCAGGCUGCUGUUGGAGCAUUUGGAAUGCCUCGUCUCCAGGCAUGAGCGGUCUCUUAGGAUGACCGUGGUGAAGAGACAAGCGCAGUCUCCAGCAGGCGUGUCCAGCGAAGUGGAAGUGCUGAAAGCACUGAAGUCCUUAUUUGAGCACCACAAAGCUCUGGAUGAAAAGGUGAGAGAGCGAUUGCGAGUAGCACUUGAAAGAUGUAGUUUGUUAGAAGAGGAAUUAGGCGCUACACACAAAGAGCUAAUGAUUCUUAAAGAGCAGAAUAGUCAGAAAAAAACACUAACAGAUGGAGUGCUGGACAUAAACCAUGAACAAGAAAAUACACCAAGCACGAAUGGAAAGAGAUCUUCUGAUGGUUCUUUAAGCCAUGAGGAAGACCUUGCUAAAGUAAUUGAGCUCCAAGAAAUCAUAAGUAAGCAGUCAAGGGAACAGAGCCAAAUGAAAGAACGCCUGGCUUCCCUCUCCAGUCACGUGACAGAGCUGGAAGAGGAUCUGGACACUGCUAGAAAAGAUCUCAUCAAAUCUGAAGAAAUGAACACAAAAUUGCAAGGAGAUGUCCGUGAAGCCAUGGCCCAAAAGGAAGACAUGGAAGAGAGAAUCACUACUCUUGAAAAACGCUACCUCGCUGCACAGCGUGAAGCCACAUCUGUGCAUGACCUCAAUGAUAAACUUGAAAAUGAAAUUGCAAAUAAAGAUUCUAUGCAUCGACAGACUGAAGAUAAAAACCGCCAGUUACAGGAGCGCUUGGAAUUGGCAGAGCAAAAGCUGCAACAGACACUGAGGAAGGCAGAGACGCUCCCUGAGGUGGAGGCGGAGCUGGCCCAGAGGGUGGCAGCGCUUUCCAAGGCUGAAGAGAGACACGGCAACAUUGAAGAAAGGUUACGGCAGAUGGAAGCACAGUUGGAGGAGAAGAAUCAAGAACUGCAGCGGGCAAGGCAAAGAGAAAAAAUGAACGAGGAACAUAAUAAACGUUUAUCAGACACUGUUGACAAGCUGCUUUCAGAAUCCAAUGAGAGGCUUCAGCUCCAUCUUAAAGAGAGAAUGGCUGCUUUGGAAGACAAGAAUUCUCUAUUAAGAGAAGUUGAAAAUGCAAAAAAGCAAUUAGAAGAAACACAACAUGAUAAGGAUCAGCUUGUCCUGAACAUUGAAGCACUGAGAGCCGAACUAGACCAGAUGAGGCUAAGAGGUGCUUCACUUCAUCAUGGCCGACCCCACUUGGGCAGUGUCCCAGAUUUCAGGUUCCCCAUGGCAGACGGCCACACAGACUCCUACAGCACCAGCGCAGUGCUGCGGCGCCCGCAGAAAGGCCGUCUGGCAGCCCUGCGAGAUGAGCCUUCCAAGGUACAGACUCUUAAUGAGCAGGAUUGGGAACGUGCUCAGCAAGCUAGUGUCUUGGCAAAUGUAGCACAAGCAUUUGAGAGUGAUGCUGAUGUGUCUGAUGGUGAAGAUGACAGGGACACUCUCCUCAGCUCAGUUGACCUGCUGUCGCCCAGCGGCCAGGCCGACGCGCACACGCUAGCCAUGAUGCUUCAGGAGCAGCUGGACGCCAUCAACAAAGAGAUCAGGUUGAUUCAGGAAGAAAAAGAAAACACAGAGCAGCGGGCAGAGGAGAUUGAAAGUCGAGUUGGCAGUGGAAGUCUAGACAAUCUUGGUCGUUUUAGAUCAAUGAGCUCCAUUCCCCCGUACCCUGCUUCCUCGCUUGCUAGCUCCUCCCCUCCGGGCAGUGGGCGCUCCACCCCACGAAGGAUCCCUCACAGCCCAGCCCGGGAAGUGGACAGACUGGGCGUCAUGACCCUUCCAUCUCCAGAUUCAUUUUUAAUCCAGACCUCAGGUCCCCAUCAGUCUGUAGUUUACUCAUCCACCUCCCCUCCCAGUUCCACCCCAUGCUAUAGCGAUUCUUCACAGCAUGCUCAGUUGCCACCUUCCAGAGAAGAGGUACGAGAUGACAAGACAACCAUAAAGUGUGAAACCUCCCCGCCUUCCUCCCCGAGAGCCCUUCGGUUAGACCGGCUGCACAAAGGGGCGCUGCACACCGUCAGCCAGGAGGACAUCAGGGACAUAAGGAACUCCACAGGCUCCCAGGACGGUCCGGUGAGCAAUCCCAGCAGUAGCAACAGUAGCCAGGACUCGCUCCACAAAGCCCCAAAGAAGAAAGGCAUUAAGUCCUCCAUUGGCCGCUUGUUUGGCAAGAAAGAAAAGGGCCGACCUGGACAAACCGGCAAAGAAGCAUUAGGACAAGCUGGCGUUUCCGAGACAGAUAAUUCAUCUCAGGAUGCCUUGGGACUUAGCAAAUUGGGAGGACAGGCUGAAAAAAAUCGUAAACUUCAAAAAAAGCAUGAAUUGUUGGAGGAAGCCCGGAGACAAGGUUUACCUUUUGCCCAAUGGGACGGGCCAACGGUUGUGGUCUGGCUGGAGCUCUGGGUUGGGAUGCCAGCCUGGUAUGUGGCUGCCUGCCGAGCAAACGUGAAAAGCGGGGCCAUCAUGUCGGCCCUGUCCGACACGGAGAUCCAGCGUGAGAUUGGCAUCAGCAACCCCCUGCACAGACUGAAGCUGAGGCUGGCCAUCCAGGAGAUCAUGUCGCUGACCAGCCCGUCUGCCCCGCCUACGUCUAGAACGCAGACACUCGCCUAUGGGGACAUGAACCAUGAGUGGAUCGGCAACGAGUGGCUCCCCAGCCUGGGCCUACCCCAGUACCGUAGCUACUUCAUGGAGUGCCUUGUAGACGCCAGGAUGCUGGACCACUUGACCAAGAAAGACCUUCGAGGGCAGCUGAAAAUGGUCGACAGUUUUCACAGAAACAGUUUCCAGUGUGGAAUUAUGUGCCUGAGAAGGUUAAAUUAUGACCGGAAAGAACUGGAAAGAAAAAGAGAAGAAAGUCAGAGUGAAAUAAAAGACGUGCUUGUUUGGAGCAAUGAUCGAGUGAUUCGCUGGAUCCUAUCAAUUGGCCUUAAAGAAUAUGCAAACAAUCUUAUAGAGAGUGGCGUUCACGGAGCACUUCUGGCCUUAGACGAAACCUUCGACUUCAGCGCACUGGCACUGCUAUUACAGAUCCCGACGCAGAACACACAGGCUCGUGCUGUCUUGGAAAGAGAAUUUAACAACCUUUUGGUCAUGGGGACUGAUAGAAGGUUUGAUGAAGAUGAUGAUAAAAGCUUUAGGAGAGCACCUUCAUGGAGAAAAAAGUUUAGACCAAAGGACAUUCGCGGCUUAGCUGCUGGGUCAGCAGAGACUCUCCCUGCAAACUUCCGGGUCACUUCUUCCAUGUCUUCCCCCUCAAUGCAGCCAAAGAAGAUGCAGAUGGACGGCAAUGUAUCAGGAACACAGAGGUUGGAUUCUGCUACAGUCAGGACUUACUCCUGCUAAAGUCUCCUGUUGUUUACCCACACUACUUCUACCGAUGAUUACGCAGCAUUUGAAUCCAACAAAGACUACAUUUUAGAAUCCAAUGGAAUCUUUAAUCUGUUAAUACUUGUUAUAUGAACCCUAAGAUAUUUUAUUACAGAGUUUUUAAUUAGUGAAAAAUUCAUGAAUACCAUAGAGAAAAUAUUUUAGAAUUUAAUGUUUCUUAUAUUUAUGUAAACUUAUGACUCUUCAUUUAUAUAGUUACUUACUUUUUCAUGUAUAUCCAGGCUAUAAAUAUCCUUUCAAAUCAUGUUCUUAUACCUAAUUUUAGUCUUUCAGAUGAAUGUACUGUAAUGCUUGUAUGUAUAAAUCCUAUGAAUAGAGGGCUUUUGUAAAUUAUGCAUUUAUUGUAAUUAUCAUUAAUUUUUUAAUGAUAAACCAUGAAAAGGAUUUUACUACAUUUAUAAAAUUAUGACAGAAGCAAUGUGCAUUAUCCUUUACAGACGCAGCCUAGCUCUACAGCAAUCAUUCUGAAAUAAGCAUACCUAAUUUCAGGCAAUUGUAUUUUAAUGACUGACCUUAACUAUACUUUUUCUAGUAAGAAAUGCUUUAUUCUGCAGCAUGAACAGAUUUAAAAUAGCUGGUGUUAAGUAUCAGCUCCUAAUAGAAUGUGGACUGAAAAGACUAUCACUACACUAUGAGAAGCCCCUAGCACUGGUUAGCGCUUUCCUAGCCUCGUCUCUGGAUUUGGGGAGCUUGCCUUCAGUGGCUGACAGAGACCGUGAGCUGGGAGCAGUUCUCUCAGCUGGAGAGACUCCGGAUGGGGGACCAGCCCAGCCCCUGCGCCCUCUUCCCUGCCUCUGCUCCUUGGGAGCGGGUGGAGAGACACCCAUGUAGCUCUCCUUAGGGCCAGCCACCAAGCACCACGCUCUCAUUCUGCAAGUCGGUGCACACAGCGGAUGAAGGCAGGAGACCCAGAAAGCAGUGCAGUGCAGCUCUAAUAAAGGCCUUAUUUUUCUUAUGUAAAUCAUCUUUUUACAUUUGUUUGUAAACAUGUUUAAAGAAUGAACCUAGUGGGACACUUUUAGACCUCGAUGUUAUAGCCAUUUUGGAUUGUGUAAGUUGCAGAUGUGGCUUUUACUUUUUCAAUGGCAUAUUAAAAAGCCAGCAAAGCGUGUCAGACCAUGGCGUGGUAUUUACUGUGCAGCAGAUACAGAGGUGGAGGCAGCCUGUCUUUUCACAGUUGGUUUCUGCUUUUAAUUUACUUGUACAAUUCAUUGUUACUGUUCUGUUUUUCUAUUAAUCUUUUGUGAACUUCCUGAUUAUGUAACAAAGUAUGUACAGUCUACUUUUGAACUAUUUUUAUCACAGUAUUAUUUAUUGCUUUCUUUCAAUAAAGUACUGAAGCUUUUUCCACUGCCAAUGAA